AUGGGAUUUAAGAAGACUAUCGACAGGUGGCAAAAUUCACGUACUAAGUGUUUGUGGCAGAUGACUCUGAGCCAGAGGAGAAAUCCAUAUGCUGUCCUGAAGAUGCAGGAAAUCAUGGAACAGGAAUUAGCACUGAGCAACAAGGAACUGCUGAGGGUCCGGCAAGCUGCCCUGCACCAGCUGUUCGAAAAGGAAUACCAGCAAUACCAGCAGGAACUCCGACAGAUGGGCAAAGCCUUCUAUGUGGAGAGGAUGUGACAAACCCUACCCUGUCUUCAACACUCAUCGGAGCCCCGACCUC